AUGGAAUCUGACGACAGUUAUGAAACGGUAUCAGUAAAUCUAAAAGAAGAUACAGAGUCGGACUUAUCUGACAAUCAAAGUAGUGACCGUAGCAAUCAUAAUGAUACAAGAGAAGGAAAUUGUUCAAGUUGUGAUGGUUACUUAUCAAAUGGAGAAGUGUUAAAUGAUACUCAUUCACAGAAACAAUACCAUAGUUUUUCAAGAAAAUUGAAAGAACAAGGAAAAAAGAUUAAACUACUGGAACAGGAACGUAUAGGCUUUCUUGAACAAAUUGCCAAUCUCUGUUCAUCACUGGAAAAAAAGCAGCAAGAGCUUGUCGAAGUUCUGCAACUAUCUGAGGAAAAAGCGAAAUAUCACGCCCACUACAUGACUGAGGUUAGCAAUUUACUAGCUGAACUUGGGACACUAUUUCCAGAAAAUACAAAUGGUUCUACUCAAAAAAAUAAAACUUUAAAAUGUCCAUCUGAAGUUAAUGAUAAGAAAGAGAAUUCAAGUUCUACAGAAAAUACACAUGUUAAUACAUCUUCUACUAAUUCCACAGUGGAUGAUAAUUGCAACUCUGACUUUCCAAGAGAUAAUCGUGGUCGUGCUCUACUUGAUGCAUUAUCCGUUGCAGUAAAUGCUGCAAAAAAUAUGAAUUAUAGAAAAACUUCAACAAAUGAUUCUCAAAUAUCUCAAGGAUCUGACGUUGUACCGUCUGAAUCUUCAAAUGGCACUAGUCAUCGUAGUAUUUCAUUAACUGCAAGUCGAUUACCUCAACAAUUCAGCCAACCUCCACCAGCAACAAAAAGUCCCGUAGCCCUUGAAGUUCGUAUAUUACCGUCAUUUUGUUGGAAUGCUGAUCACGUACUCUAUUGGUUACGUGAAUAUGUUUGUUUGCCAGGUGGAUGUUUAGAAGCUGCUAGUCGACUUCGAAUGGAUGGAAAACAGCUGACAAGUGUUAUUGACAAGAAAGUUGAAAAGUUACUCAAUUUAAAUGAUGCAGGAUUACGUAAGAAAUUUUUUUCAGCAUUAGAAGAUCUACGCAUACAUGGACCGCCUGGUUUAUCCCGUCAUCCUGGUGCUAGUCAUAUAACCUAUCAGUGGGUUUGUGAUACUUGGUUAAAGCAUCAUUUAGGCCUUGUGCAAUUAAUUCCAUUAUUUGCAAUACGUCGUGUAGACGGUAGAAUGUUGGCCAGCUUAAUUUCUUAUAAACGUGUUAAACAUUCAGGUCAUGGUAGACAUCGUCAUCAUUCAAGUAAACGUAAAAGUAAACACACCGAUGAUAAUUCUGAUAACAAUUUAAGCAAUGUAGUCAUCUCUAAUCCUACUGAUGAUCACAUCUCCCUCAAGAAUUAUUCUGAACAAAAUCUCCUCAAUGUGAAAACUAAUAAAGUUAUCAGCAUCAACAGCAAUAAUGUUAAUUCUAACUCCGUCGCAUCAAUUUCAUCUAGAAACGGUACUAAUAAUACUCACCAAAAUAGCAGUAAUAAUAUUAAUAAUGUCGAAUCCCCUGGAUGUAAUUGGCAUGUAUCCGGACGUAAAGAAAUGUUGCAUAUUUUAUUGGGUUUAUCUUCUAAAGUCUCUUUAUCAUCGUCCAACAGUGGUGCAGAUUUACCUAUUGACUGUAAAUAUUCACUUGGUAAAAGAGAAGCGGAAAGUUUACGCGCAGCAGUUGAAUUACUACAUCAUCAUAACUUCAAUGUAGAGUCUAUUGAGAAGAUUCGUACUAGUUCAGACCCUGGUGAAUUAGAUCUUCUAUACUGGACUAAUGAUCAUAUUACUAAAUGGUUAUGUGACCUAGGCUUAAAAGAUUUUACAAAUGGAAUUGAAGCAAGUGGUUUACACGGUGCAUACAUGGUACUUGAUGCAUCAUUUGAUUUUGAUACUUUGAUAAAACGACUUCGAAUACCGACAAAUAUUGCAAAUAUGUGUAAAUUACAUGAACAUUUACAACGUGUACUGAAACCAGCUAGAAUUCGUGAAGGAAUAUCUAUGAAACAUCAUGGAAUCUUUCGUCGUCGUAGUGCCAGUCGACCAAAUUAUUCAAGCAAUAUGAUGCAACGUAGCAUGACGUCAAAUAGUGCAAUUAAUGGAAGUUAUCUAUCUUUGACAAAUUCAUCAUCAAAUGAUACUAAUUAUCAUUCAUCAAUGAAUGGAAAUCUAAUUCGUUCGAAUCCUAACAAGAUUCUUACAUCUCCAUCAUCUCCACCUUCACUCCCGACAUAUUUAACUGGAUCAACUAAUCUAAUGAACAAUUAUGUUGAUAUUGCAUCAAAUAAUCCUAUUGGAUUAACACCAAAACGUGAAAAACGCAGAGUUCUAACUGUCACUGGAGAUUUAAUGAAUCCUAGUCGUUUGACACGUGUUUUUACGCGUAGUCGUAAGACAUCACAAACUGUCAUAGAUGCUUCCUAUAAACAACUUCCAAAUGCACAAAUAUUAAGACAAAUGUCAAUUACAGGAUUAAAUGUUAAUAAUACAAGUGGGUCAAGUAAUAACUUGGACUGGAUAUCUGAUGUUGAAGAUAGAUCAAGUACAUUGGUUAGAAAACAGUCUGAGAAAAGUUUAACUAAUUCUACUGCAUCGAAAUCAGUAAACAGUAGUUCCAGUAAGGACAGUAAUAAACGUUCUAAAGCCCAAAAUGGAACAUCAACGAAAUCUUCACUUUUAAAUCACCAUGAUAAUAGCAAUAAUACUACUGUCAAUAAUGCGGAUUCGAAAAAGACUACUCCAUCCAGACAAGCUGUUCAGCCACAUGAGGCGCCAUUUGUGGAUCCUUUUGGUUCUGAUUGUGGUAGGCCUCGCAUACGUAUUUUACUUGGGCAGACAAAUCGUUUAAACUCAAUGGGUGGAACAUCUUUAACGCCUACAAUUUCUACUGCUACAAUUAAGAAUAUUUUUGAUAA